AUGGAUCCGUUGACGGCUGCCUAUCAGGACCUGGCCGCUCGGGUGGCGCCCCUGGCUGAGCAGCCCCAUCUCGUGGUCGCCGCUGCGGCCGUGAUUGUGGCAGUUUUACUUGUCACUUAUGUUGUGUGGGACACGCUGGCAUACGCCGCGAUCCCGACUCUGGACGUGCCUCUGAAGCAAGAAGAGCUGGCGGAGACCCUUGAUGCUGAACAAUACUCGCCGCCCAAAACGUUGCCUAAGGACAAGAUCCCAUGCUACGAUCCCGGCACGCUGCAGUUCCUGGGCUAUGCCAAGGCGAUGACGCCCGACGAGGUGCGUGCGAGCAUCGCCAAGGCAAAGGAGGCGUCAAAGGUGUGGCGCAGCUCGAGCUUCAAGCAGCGCCGAAUCCUGCUGCGGGUGCUCCUCAAGUACAUUAUUACCCACCAAGAGGAGAUCUGCAGGGUGUCCUCCCGCGAUUCUGGCAAGACCCCCCUUGAGGCCGUGCUGGGGGAGAUCAUAGUAACUGCCGAGAAGCUGCGCUGGCUGGCGGCAGAGGGGGAGGACGCGCUCAAGCCGCAGCGCAGGAGCGCCGGCGUCAUGGCCUUCUACAAGGCUGCCCGUGUGGAGUACGUUCCCGUCGGCGUCGUGGGCGCCAUCGUGCCCUGGAACUGGCCGUUCCACAACGUGAUCAACCCCAUCAGCGCCGCCGUCUUUGCGGGCAACGCCAUCGUCAUCAAGGUCUCGGAGCACGCCAGCUGGUGUGCCUCUUACUACGCGCGCAUCGUCAACGCCGCGCUGGCCGCCGCGGGCGCGCCGCCGGGCCUCGUCCAGUUUGUCACCGGCUACGGCGACGCGGGCGCGGCCCUGGUGGCGGGCGGCGUUGACAAGGUCGUGUUUGUGGGCUCGACGGAGGUCGGCGCCAAGGUCAUGGCGGCCGCGGCGCCGCGGGUGACGCCGGUGACGCUGGAGCUGGGGGGCAAGGACGCCUUCGUGGUGUGCGGGGACGCUGACUUGGCGCAGGUGGUGCCGAUUGCUGUCAAGGCGGCCUUCCUGAACUGCGGCCAGAACUGCGCCAGCGGGGAGCGCUACAUUGUUGAGAGCAGCAUAUACGACAGCUUCUGCUCCAGGGUGGCGGAGACCGCUAACGCGAUGCGGCAGGGGCCGGCGCUGGGGCACGGCCCCGUCGACACGGGCGCGAUGUGCAUGCCGGGCUCUGUUGAGAAGGUGCAGCGGCUGGUGGACGACGCCCUGUCAAAGGGCGCGCGCGCGCUCUCCGGCGGCAAGCCCAACGCCGCCGCCGGCGCCGGCCAGUUCUACCCGCCCACCGUGCUGGUCGGCGUGACCAAGGGCAUGGCGAUAUGGCACGAGGAGGUGUUCGGUCCCGUGAUGGUCGUCGUGCCCUUCAGCGGCGACGACGAGGCGGUCGCUCUCGCGAACGACUGCGCCUUCGGCCUCGGCUCGAGCGUGUUCAGCGGCAGCACGCGCCGCGCACGCGCGAUCGCCGCGCGCCUCGAGGCCGGCAUGACGUCCAUCAACGACUUCAACGCGACCUACAUGUGCCAGAGCCUGCCGUUCGGGGGCGUCAAGAUGAGCGGCUUUGGGCGCUUUGGCGGCGUGGAGGGCCUGCGGGCGCUCUGCGUGCCCAAGGCGGUGGCGGAGGACGCGUACCCGUUCAUGAAGACGACCAUCCCCGCGCCCUGGCUGCACCCCGUCGGCGCCGCCGCGCAGCCGUUUGCGGUGGCGCUUACGACGAUGUUCUACGGGCCGAGCCUCGCGCUCAAGGCGCGUGGGCUGGUGGGGCUGCUGCGGUGCCUGGUGGCGCCGGGGGGCGGGGGCGGCAAGGCCAAGCGCGCGUGA